AUGACUACGAUUGAACUCGCUCCAACAGCAAGUCAUUCUCACGCACAUUCAGCUGACGGUAGAUCAGGCGACCUGGAGCAAGAUGGUGUCUCAACAGCAGAAGCCACAGCAUUUGAUGACAUACCACCCAAUGGCGGAUACGGCUGGAUAUGCACACUAUGCACAUUCAUGAUCAUUGUUCAUACCUGGGGAAUCAACGCAGCCUGGGGUGUGAUACUUGCCUAUUUCCUCUCACAUUCGACCUUUCCCGGAGCAAGCCGCAUCGAAUACGCAUUGAUUGGUGGUCUGGCAAUAUCUCAGGCACUUUUGAUGGGACCAAUAGUUGCCGAGUCUAGACGAAAGCUAGGCACGACUAUAACUUUGCUCAUUGGAACGAUUGUUGUUUUCGGUUCUUUGAUGGCAGCAUCAUAUUCCACGAAGAUUUGGCAUUUGUUCUUGUCUCAGGGUAUUUGCUUCGGUAUCGGGAUGGGAUUUCUCUAUCUGACUGCAAUGAAUAUCCUUCCCACUUGGUUUUCGACGCGCCGAAGCUUUGCGACUGGCAUUGCUGGUGCGGGAUCUGGGAUUGGCGGAGUCGUGUAUAGUCUCGCAACUGGCCACGCUAUUGAAACGCAGGGCGUUCGGGAGGCGUAUAGGAUAUUGGCUUAUUGCUCCCUGGCCGCAAACUUGUUAUCUUCGCUGCUGCUCAAGUCACGGGAUACUCCUCCAAGACUCGGACAGGAACGAAAGCGCAAUAUCGAUUAUCGCGAUUUGGGAAAACCGGAGGUCCUGCUGGUCAUUUUGUGGGGUAUAACCACCGACUUGGGUUAUAUUGCUCUCAUUUACUCGCUUCCGAAUUAUGCUUCUUCGAUUGGUCUUUCUCCACAACAGGGCUCGGUGACUGGUGCUAUUUUGAACCUGGGCUUGACUUUAGGUAGGCCCUUGACAGGAUAUCUGAGUGAUCGGCUCGGUCGGAUCACAGUCCCAAUGGUGCUAACGGGACUUUGUGGUCUGCUAUGUUUCGCCAUCUGGAUUCCGGCAAAGUCAUACGCCGUGCUGCUUCUAUUUGCUUUGACAGCUGGUAUGGUUUGCGGGACCUUCUGGGGAACGAUCACGCCGGUUCUGGCGGAAGUUGUGGGAAUGAGUCGCAUGGCGUCGGUCUUCAGCGUCAUCUGCCUUGCGUUGGUUGGCCCAACUACAGUCGCUGAGCCCAUCGCACUGAGUCUCGUUAGUGGCGGAUCAAAGUAUCUUCAUACACAGGUUUAUGUCGGGUGCUUGUUCCUCGUUGGCUCGGUUGGAGCAUGGUUUCUGCGCUCUUGGAAAUUCUAUGAGGUUGAGAAGAAAGCUGCGGAUGAACAUCAGAGGUUGACCUCGGAGAGUCCCAAUUUCCCAUCUUUCUUGUACUGGAUAAAUUUGCAAAGGCUAUUUCUCAAAGGUCGAGUUUGA